UAGGAAUUAGGUAUCGUGUUUCUUGGUAAAGAGAUCGAUCAAUGGCGGAGGUUGUUCUUCACAUAUACGAUGUAACAAACAGUGGAUCGGAGAAGACUAACAACACCAUUGUUCAGAUCAAUAGGUUCUUCAAAGACGGGAUCGGUCUUGGCGGUAUAUUCCACAGCGCCAUUCAGGUAUAUGGAAACGAUGAAUGGUCUUAUGGGUAUUGUGAACAAGGAACUGGUGUGUUCAGCUGUCCUAGUGGCAAGAAUCCAAUGUACACAUAUCGUGAGAAAAUUGUUCUUGGCAAGACAGAUUGUACAAUCUUCUUGGUAAAUCAGAUCUUGCGUGAGCUCAGUAGGGAGUGGCCUGGACACGCUUAUGAUUUGCUGUCAAAAAAUUGCAAUCACUUCUGCGAUGUAUUAUGUGACCGGCUUGGUGUGCCAAAGAUCCCAGGUUGGGUAAAUCGUUUUGCUCAUGCUGGCGACACAGCCUUGGAAGUGGCAGGAAACACAGCAAUGCGGGUAAAGCAAGCCAAAACUGAACUCGUGUCAGCUAGUAAAGUGGCUUAUCGCUUUCUUUCGAAUGUUACCUCGAACAUAACCAAUGGUUCCAAUGGCUCCAAUGGCUCUCCACAACGGCCAGGAACUCUCAACAGUUCAGACAAUGGAAACUUUAGAUUGCAAGGUAGUUGGUUGAAAGGUAUACUUAACACUGCCAAACCCUCCACAAGUACAGAGAUAGGGAACAAAGAGGAAGAUGCAAAUCAUGCAGUCACGAAUCAGAAAAAGCAAAGCCGUGACUCUGAUGUUCUACUAUUUCAGUAGCAACUGUACUGAUCCACCGGUUAACUGUGUAUAUCCACCUAUCCAAAAGUUAUUCAUUU